CGCUUCGCCUCUCCUCACCGCUGGGACUGCUACUACGCGAAGCCGGGGAUCCGACGGGGCGAGCAGGCCGCGAGACACCUCCGGGCCUCGCUCUCCAGGGUCUUCAAAGAACGAAAAACAACAAUCUUGAGCACAGUACAAAAUGGAUUGUCCCCUUUGUGCUAUGGCAGGAAAGACAGAGGUGAAAGCAGGCAGGUUGGAGGGACGGCCUUGACCCAUCCCAUGCCAGCCAUGUAGAAAGUUCCCUUCCUUGUUACCCAUUCUGGUGCCAGGCAAAAGGCCUCCUGCAUCCUUUAGGAUGUCCCGUCUGCUGGUGUCUGCUUUGGUUUGAGACGUACCGCGGUGGGGAAUUGUUGCGCCCAGUGCGACGAGUUUGUCACCUCCAGGUUUGGGAGCAACUGCUGCGAACUCAGAUCUCCUUAAUUGAUUUGCCUCAGUCGAGAAGCUGAAGCCCUUAUUGUGGAAACCCCGAUUUCUUUUCCCCAGCAUGUCAGAAAGCUGGCCGCAGCAGCCCCCACAGCAGCAACCGCCGGCGCCGCACCAUGCUGGGACCACUGCCCUCCCGGAGCAUCCCAUCACCUCCAGCGCUGUGGUGGAGAAUCCCUUGGGCUGUGCCGUUUACGGCAUCCUCCUCCAGCCGGAGCCCAGCAGCCUGCAGCACCACACUUCCAUCCCAACUGGCGGCGGAGAGCCCUCCACAAAAUGCGGGCUGUGUGGACACGACUUGGGGCACCUCUCAAACCCCCAGGAGCACCAGUGCCUGCAGGGGGGCCAUGACCGCUCCUUCCAGUGCACCCAGUGCCUGAAGAUUUUCCACCAGGCCACCGAUCUCCUGGAGCACCAGUGCCUGCAAGUGGAGCAGAAGCCCUUCGUCUGUGGCGUCUGCAAGAUGGGCUUCUCCCUGCUUACCUCCCUGGCCCAGCACCACAACGUCCACAACGGCAGCGCCGCCGUCAAGUGCUCCAUCUGUGAGAAGACCUACAAAGCCGCUGCGGCUGCUGUGGCAGCCCCUGAGGAGCCUGCGCCACCGCAGCAGCCAGCCGCACUCAACCGGACUCCCGUGGAGAAGCCCUACAGCUGCUCCAUCUGCCAGAAGCCCUUCAAGCACCUCUCGGAGCUGUCGCGGCACGAGCGCGUCCACACCGGGGAGAAGCCGUACAAGUGCAGCCUCUGCGACAAGAGCUUCAGCCAGUCCUCCCACCUGGUGCACCACAAGCGCACGCACAGCGCCGAGCGGCCCUACAAGUGCACCGUCUGCGAGAAGGCCUUCAAGCACCGCUCCCACCUGGUGCGCCACAUGUACGCCCACUCCGGGGAGGCCCACCUCUUCCGCUGCAACGUCUGCGAGCUGCACUUCAAGGAGUCCUCCGAGCUGCUGCAGCACCCCUGCACGCCAAGCGGGGAGCGCCCCUUCCGCUGCGGCGCCUGCCACAAGGCCUUCCGGCGCCCCUCGGACCUCCGGCAGCACGAGCGCACCCACAGCACGGAGCGCCCCUUCCAGUGCGACCUCUGCCAGAUGAGCUUCAAGCAGCAGUACGCCCUUAUGCGCCACCGCCGCACCCAUAAGGCGGUUGCGGGCACCACCGCCACGCCAGCGCCUUCCGCCGAGCAGGAGCUGCCGGUGGGGCCAUUCAAGUGCUCCCUGUGUGAGAAGGGCUUUGUGCAGCCGGCCCACCUCCUCUACCACCAGCACGUCCACGGCAUCGAGAACCUCUUCAAGUGCAACGCCUGCCAGAAGGGCUUCAGCCAGUCCUCGGAGCUGCUGCGCCACCGCUGCGUGCAGAGCGCCGAGCGGCCCUUCAAGUGUGCGGCCUGCAGCAAGGCCUACAAGCGGGCCUCGGCCCUGCAGAAGCACCAGCUGGCCUCGCACUGCGCCGAGAAGCCCCUCCGCUGCACCCUCUGUGAGCGCCGCUUCUUUUCCUCCUCUGAGUUCGUGCAGCACCGCUGUGACCCAGCCCGCGAGCGGCCCCUCAAGUGCCCAGACUGCCAGAAGCGCUUCAAGUACGCCUCCGACCUGCAGCGCCACCGGCGGGUUCACACCGGGGAGAAGCCCUACAAGUGCCCCGCCUGCGAGAAGGCCUUCAAGCAGCGCGAGCACCUCAACAAGCACCACGGCGUCCAUACCCGGGAGCAACAUUACAAGUGCAUGUGGUGCGGGGAGCGCUUCCUGGACCUGGGCCUCCUGCAGGAGCACAGCGCCCAGCACACCUCCACUGACAGCACGUACCCCGUGACACCUUGCCUGCCCUGAGCAUCUCCCCCUGCUGGCGGGAAAAGGUUCAUGUCAUCCUUCAAGCCCUGUUGGCGCUGGGCUUAGGCUACGGCGAGCGACUAGGCCAUGUGGGACCCUUUCCUUCUCCUUUGCAGACCAACCUGCGAACAGUGGAGGGGGUGGGGAGGGCUAGAGCAAGCAGCGGUGGCCUCUGUGUGAGCACUGAGCUCAGCAAUUGGUCAAUUCAGCCCAUUUGCUCCUAUGAAUGGGUUGAGUGUACCUUCGGAACCAGCUGUGACUCAGGCCUGCUUUGCUGCUCCAGGCGCAGUGUCUGUUUUUUGGGUCAGGAUGAAUGUUCCUUAAGCCUGCCAACCAAAUCCAGAUCCUCAUCUUCCCCCCACCCCUGCCCCUCAUGAUUCAUUAGUGUCUGCAGAGGGGAGUGUGAUAUUCAAAGAAAUUUGCUGCUUGAGAUUUAUAGGGCAGGACUCCGCAGCAAGGGAAGCCAGGCAGGUGAAAUGGUGAGAGAUGGACUUAGUGGGCGCGGCUUCCCUUAAGGUGCCAUCCCUAGGGAAAUUCUGCUUAUGUGCGUCUGUUCAGUUCAAGCGUACAUCCGAGAGAGGGAAACUUCGAAGGGAACCAGCUACUAGAUGGUCCGAUUAGUCUUUCACCCUUAUACAUCCAAGAGAGAAGGCCCCAGAGCAGCCAUGCCUUGUGCUCCUCUUCCUGGCUUCUGUUGUCCAAAGCCGUCAGGGCUAGAGGCUUUUCAUUUCCUCCAAACACCGGAGCUCUCAAGGUGCUGUCUAAGCCAGUGGUGUGAGUGGUCCCAGGGCAGCGUGAAAGGCGACAGAGAGGGAGGGUGUGGUGGAACACAGUUACAUAUUUAAAUGUCUUCUAAAGCCAGAGCAAAGCUUCACACUGUAGGGGGGAAGGUUCUCUGUGUCGUUUCUAGGCUCUUAUCAAAAUGGAAGGAAAGUUUUUUGUUUUGUUUUUUACAUGCAACUAAAAAAAGAAUUUGGUGGAAGGAGCAUUCAAAAUGCGCUGCUAGAUCUGUCCUGGAAUUGUGAUCUAGAGGAGCGCCAUUUGCUUUAGUGGUAUGAUUGGCAAUAAGAUAAGCUACAGCUGGUAUCACAGAGACUUUGGAAAUGCUUUCCUUUGGGACCGUUCUGUGGGACACUGUGUGUGUGUGGUUUAUUGCCCUUUCCACAUUCAGCCCCCAAACUGUAUUAAAUUGGGAGGCUGCUGCAGCAGGUAGAGCAAGAACUGUCGGUGGAGCAGCCCUCAAAAAAAGCUUUUGUUUUUUAUCUGUUUCACAUGGGACACACAGAGUGGCACUGGGAAGGCCAUUUUCUAGCCCUGGAUCCAUCCUGCCAGUUGCCCAGGACAUGAAAAGAGGACAGAAGUGGAUCAUUGGGAUGGGUCUGGCCAAAGUUGCCUCUCAAGACCCAGAGCCGUGUGCCUGUCCACAUGCAGGGCCUGCUGACUUGUCUUUCACGACACCUCAACUGUAUAGAACUAACUUUUAUGGAGUUUGUCUUCAUUAUUUUUCAUAUUGCUUUUUUUAAAAAGCAGUUUAAUAUUCAUUAAAAAUCUGUGUAGCUCA